UAAACAAAAUCACCAUGUCUUAUAUGUAGCAAUAGUAGUAGUACUUCCCAUGGUCCUUGAAAGAACAAACAUGCAGUCCUAGAAGCGCAACUUCCUUUUCCUUGAAUCCUCCUCUCUUUUUGGCAUUUUUCUCUGCGUAUAUUCAUGCCUUUCUUAAAUUGAUCUCAAAGUAUAUAUACCUUUCUCGUUCUAUGUCCGUGUCUCGUGUUCUUGAAGCUCCAGAUGGAAGAAUCAGGAAUUGGAGAUUGGAGUGCGGCCUAGUUCAUCUUGGUAUCUUAUGCUAGCUAGUCUUCCAAGCUAUGGAUCAUCUAUGGCGUCGUUAAAAUCUCCUCUCCUUGUUCAUCCAUGUCAAGCAGAAGCAGCUGUACUUUGAACUGGCCAUAGUGUAGUUUGAUUCACUCUUUGAUAGCUUUUGCCGUUUAGCUAAUUGUACAGUGUUGUACGUCUGCAUUUUGUUGCAUUCCACUGUGACAAGCAUGAAGGCCGCCAUGGCUGAUGAAUUCAAGAUUGUGCUCACGAGGAAGGAGAGGUUCCUCUACCUCGCCAAAGCCGUCGUGUUCCUUGUGAUCUUCGCGCUCGGCGUGGUCGCCGGCCUAUGGACGGCCACCGGGCCUCGCCGGUGCUGCAGCACAUACACCAACAUUCUUUUCCCGAGCACCACCGUGUACCGCUACCGCGGCGGCGGCGGCGGUAGCUUCUCGGAGUUCGUGGCUCCGACGCGGCUCAUGCACGAUAUGACGGACGAGCAGCUGUUCUGGCGCGCUACGAUGGCGCCGGCGUCGUCCGGUGGCGCGUACCCGUUCCAGCGCGUGCCCAAGGUGGCCUUCAUGUUCCUCGCCGGCCGCGGCGUCCUGCCGCUGGCGCCGCUCUGGGAGCGAUUCUUCCGUGGACACGAGGGCCUCUUCUCCAUCUACGUCCACGCGCCGCCCGGGAUGGUGCUCAACGUGUCCGACGACUCGCCGUUCUACGGCCGGCAGAUCCCCAGCCAGGAAACCUCAUGGGGAUCCAUAACACUCAUGGACGCCGAGAAGCGGCUGCUGGCGAACGCGCUGCUGGACUUCUCCAACGAUCGGUUCGUCCUCCUCUCCGAGAGCUGCAUACCGGUGCAGAGCUUCCCGGUGGCGUACGGCUACCUCACCGGCUCGCGCCACAGCUUCGUGGAGGUCUACUACCACAAGGGCAAGACGUGCCGCGGCCGGUACAGCCGCCGCAUGGAGCCGGACAUCACGCUGCCGCAGUGGAGGAAGGGCUCCCAGUGGUUCGAGCUCAGGCGAGACCUCGCCGUGGCCGCCCUGACGGACGCCAGGUACUACCCGCUCUUCCGGCGGCACUGCCGGCCGUCGUGCUACCCCGACGAGCACUACCUCCCGACGUUCGUCGCCAUGCUCCACGGCGCGGACAACUCGAACCGCACCGUGACGUACGUCGACUGGUCCAGAGGCGGCGCGCACCCGGCGACGUACACCGCCGGCGACGUCACGCCGGAGCUGAUCCUGAGCAUCAGGAGGAGCGAGGUGCCCUGCAUGUACAACUCCCGGCCGACCACGGCGUGCUUCCUGUUCGCGAGGAAGUUCUCCGCCGACGCGCUGGAGCCGCUGCUCAACAUCUCAUCGACGGUGAUGCAGUACUAGUUCUCCUCGCCGCCAACUAUUGUUUGUAACAUAGGAUUUCACACAACAUAUUCAGGUACCAAUUGUACCUGUCAAGCAAAAGGGGAAAAAGAAGAAGAAAGUGUUCAUUUUGCGGGAA